GCUGACUACAUCUCAGAAAGAAUCAACUUUACUCGAUGGACCCAUUCAUCAAAUGAAAUAUACCUGAACUAUUUUAAAAAGCUUUGUACUUCAUAAUGGAAAUAUUUACCCCCCCUAAAAAUGAAAAUGAGGUCAUUUGAGAAGGUGAUUUAAGGAGUGAACAUUUGAGAAAGUAUCCCAUCAAAUCAGUGAACCAAAGGAUAAGUACUGAAUUAAUCAAUCUGAAACACCUUUGUAUAAACGGGGAAGUUUUUAUCUUGACAGAAAAAUAAGUUUUAUUCAGAAUGUAUUUUCUGAAAUUUAGAGAGACAAGAGUAAACUUAAAGGAAAAUAAAUGAAGAUGUUUAGAAAGUAAGCAGUCAACUCUUUUCUGAUGAGGAUAUUAAGGGAAGUAGCGACCUUCUGUGCAUUUAACUCACAGUUGUAGAACUUGCAGCCAUCACUAUGAGUAGCUUAAAAGAGGAAAUAAAGAAGUUUUCAACUAAAUCUAAAAGUACAGACAUUUUUUUUCCUGCUGAGAUUUUAAAAGCUUCUUCAUAACCAUUGAAAAAGAAUUGACAACUAUUUUAAAAGAUUAAAGAAAGGCAGAUGUCUGCAAACAAUUCCCCUCCAUCAGCCCAGAAGUCUGUGUUACCUGCAACUCUUCCUGCUGUGCUUCCAACUCCUUCUUCAUGUUCAAGUCCAAAGACAGGACUUUCUGCCCGGCUCUCUAAUGGAAGCUUCAGUGCACCGUCACUCACCAACUCCAGAGGCUCAGUGCAUACAAUUUCAUUUCUACUGCAAAUUGGCCUUACACGGGAGAGUGUUACCAUCGAAGCUCAGGAACUAUCUUUAUCUGCCGUCAAGGAUCUUGUGUGCUCCAUUGUUUAUCAAAAGUUUCCAGAGUGUGGAUUCUUUGGCAUGUAUGACAAAAUUCUUCUCUUUCGCCAUGACCUGAACUCAGAAAAUAUUUUGCAGCUGAUUACCUCAGCAGAAGCCGACGCUCUAUCCACUGUUUUAAAAGCUUUGGCCACAGUAGAAGACUUCCAGAUUCGUCCACAUACUCUCUAUGUACAUUCUUACAAAGCUCCUACUUUUUGUGAUUAUUGUGGUGAGAUGCUCUGGGGACUGGUACGUCAGGGUCUGAAAUGUGAAGGCUGUGGAUUAAAUUAUCAUAAACGUUGUGCCUUCAAGAUUCCAAAUAACUGUAGUGGAGUAAGAAAGAGGCGCCUGUCAAAUGUGUCUCUACCAGGACCUGGCCUCUCAGUCCCAAGACCUCUACAAACGGAGUAUGUUGCCCUUCCCACUGAAGAGUCACAUGUUCACCAAGAACCAAGUAAGAGAAUUCCUUCUUGGAGUGGUCGCCCAAUCUGGAUGGAAAAGAUGGUAAUGUGCAGAGUAAAAGUUCCGCACACAUUUGCUGUUCACUCUUAUACCCGUCCCACAAUAUGUCAGUAUUGCAAGCGGUUACUGAAAGGCCUCUUUCGCCAAGGAAUGCAAUGUAAAGAUUGCAAAUUCAACUGCCAUAAACGCUGUGCAUCAAAAGUGCCAAGAGACUGCCUUGGAGAGGUUACCUUCAAUGGAGAACCUUCCAGUCUGGGAACAGAGUCAGAUAUACCAAUGGAUAUUGACAGUAGUGACAUGAACAGUGAUGGUGGUAGGGGUUUGGAUGACAUGGAAGAACCAUCUCCCCCAGAAGAUAAAAUGUUCUUCCUCGAUCCAUCUGAUCUCGAUGUGGAAAGAGAUGAAGAAGCUGUGAAAACCAUCAGUCCAUCAACAAGCAAUAAUAUUCCGCUAAUGAGGGUCGUACAAUCCAUCAAGCACACAAAGAGGAAGAGCAGCACGAUGGUGAAGGAAGGAUGGAUGGUCCAUUACACCAGCAGGGACACCUUGAGAAAGAGGCAUUAUUGGAGACUUGACAGCAAAUGUCUAACAUUGUUUCAAAAUGAAUCUGGAUCAAAGUAUUAUAAGGAAAUUCCACUUUCAGAAAUUCUACGCAUAUCUUCGCCACAAGAUUUCACAAACAUUUCACAAGGCAGCAACCCACACUGUUUUGAAAUCAUCACUGAUACUAUGGUAUACUUUGUUGGUGAGAACAAUGGAGACAGCUCCCACAAUCCUGUUCUUGCUGCCACUGGAAUUGGACUUGAUGUAGCACAGAGCUGGGAAAAAGCAAUUCGCCAGGCUCUCAUGCCUGUUACCCCUCAAGCCAGUAUUUGCACUUCUCCCGGGCAAGGGAAAGAUCACAAAGAUUUGUCUACUAGUAUCUCUGUAUCUAAUUGUCAGAUCCAGGAAAAUGUGGACAUCAGUACUGUUUACCAGAUCUUUGCAGAUGAGGUGCUUGGUUCAGGCCAGUUUGGCAUCGUUUAUGGAGGAAAACAUAGGAAGACUGGAAGGGAUGUGGCUAUUAAAGUAAUUGAUAAGAUGAGAUUUCCCACAAAACAGGAAAGUCAACUCCGUAAUGAAGUGGCUAUUUUACAGAAUUUGCACCAUCCUGGGAUUGUAAACCUGGAAUGCAUGUUUGAAACCCCAGAACGAGUUUUUGUAGUAAUGGAAAAGCUGCAUGGAGAUAUGUUGGAAAUGAUUCUAUCCAGUGAGAAAAGUCGACUUCCAGAACGAAUUACUAAAUUCAUGGUGACACAGAUACUUGUUGCUUUGAGGAAUCUACAUUUUAAAAAUAUUGUGCACUGUGAUUUAAAGCCAGAAAAUGUGCUACUCGCAUCAGCAGAGCCGUUUCCUCAGGUGAAGCUGUGUGACUUUGGUUUUGCACGCAUCAUUGGUGAAAAGUCAUUCAGGAGGUCUGUGGUAGGAACUCCAGCAUACUUAGCCCCUGAAGUUCUCAGAAGCAAAGGUUACAACCGUUCUCUAGACAUGUGGUCAGUGGGAGUUAUUGUCUAUGUGAGCCUCAGUGGCACAUUUCCUUUUAAUGAAGAUGAAGAUAUAAAUGACCAAAUCCAAAAUGCUGCAUUUAUGUAUCCACCAAAUCCAUGGAAAGAAAUUUCUGGUGAAGCAAUUGAUUUGAUAAACAACCUACUUCAAGUGAAGAUGAGAAAACGUUACAGUGUGGACAAAUCUCUUAGUCAUCCCUGGCUGCAGGACUAUCAGACUUGGCUUGACCUUAGAGAAUUUGAAACUCGUAUUGGCGAACGUUACAUUACACAUGAAAGUGACGAUGCCCGUUGGGAAAUACAUGCAUACACACACAACCUUGUAUACCCAAAGCACUUCAUCAUGGCUCCCAAUCCAGAUGACAUGGAAGAAGAUCCUUAAUUAUCAAUGAGCUAACUUCAGUAAGGAAAGAUUUCAUUUUAUGGACAGAUAUUUUGCUGCACAACUGUUGUUCUUUGGAGGCUGUCAUCUGCAAGGAUGCAAAGACAUGAGGAAAUAUGAUAAGGAAUCAGUGACACCAAUACUGUAGUUCAUAAUGAGUAGGUACAAGAGGGGAAACAGUGAUAAAGACACAUAAUGACACCAAGAUGAAGCUUUCCUAAAUUUUUAUAGCAUAAGAAAUAACUGGUUUUUGUAUUUUUUUUCCUAAUCCUUCAUUUUAGUACAAUAGUGGCACUUAAUUUAUCUUCCCUUUCCUGUUCUUAUAUUAUUUUCAAGAAAGGGGACAGAUAGGCAAGCUAGAAUCCAAUUACAUAGCUUGACCAAAACAUAUAAGAGUUACAAGGUUGAUUACUAAACAAUUAAAUUUAAAGAGAUAUCAGAGAGGCUGCUGGCAUAUGAUUUCCUAUAAAGACUUUAAACAUUUGUUUAACUGACCCUAGAGGGAUUGAUGGGUUUUUCAUAUCUGCCUUAAAAAGGAACGCUGGAUUAUUUUACCUUUCUUUUUUAGGUCAAUCAGGACUCCAAACUCUGUUUUGGAGUUGAAACUCUGAAUAUGCUCUCUACAACAUAAAAAUUAAGUUGUCACCUUUUGUUACAAUAGCCUCUAAGAUAAUUUUGGGCAACUGAUGUUACAAAACCAGGAACUGCUAAUCUGAGUGAUGAGUUACUAUGUAUGUCUUCUCAUAGCUCAACUCUGCUGCUAAUAAAUAAUGUUCUCACUGACACCACUAUGAUGCCACAAUUAGAUUCCAGCAUUCAAUGGGUAUAGACCUAAACUAUAAUUAUAUAUCUUAACACAGGGCUGAAUAAUUUGAGGGAGGAAAUUAAUAUAUACUAAAAGUAACACCAGUGCAGGGUCAGUUAAAACUAUAGGAAAGAAUAGCAAACAGUGUCCUUUUUUUUCUUCCCUUAGGUUAUUGGAAGGCUGUACAGAUGUCUAGAAUGUUUUUAAAUCAGUUAUUUUAAACUGUUUGGGUUGAGCAUAAAACCCUUAGAAGGGUAGGACUCUAUGAUCAGCAGAGAAAAUGAAAGGAUAAGUAUUUUUAAAACAUUUCAGCUCCAGCAGCCAGCUAAAUAAAUUUUUUUCUACUCAGAUAUGUGAUUUAAGAGAUUAGACUUUUUCAUAGCUUUUUAAGAGUUACUAAUAGUUUCCCCCCCCCCCAAAAAAAAUUAAUAUCUGGGACUUAUAAAAUCUAUGGCUUUUUGUUUCUCCACUCUUCAGUAAUCAUUGUAAACUUUUUUUCCUCCAAAAAGAGCAAGAGAUGUGUAAUUAGUAGAUCUGGGUUUAAGUCUUAUAAGUCUUGGCUCCCUGUAUUAGCUGUGUUGGCCUGGCCAGGUGACAAUCUGUCUGAGCCUCGAAUUCCUUAACCUACAAAAUGAAGUUCCUAAUUCUUGCCUCUACCUUCCUCACGGUGUUGUUUUGAAGAUGUUAUAUAUGAACAUAGUCAAUAAGCUAAAAACUAUAAAAGUGUUCAUUGUCACUGCCCACUGAACUAGAGGUAGCAAAGGAAAAGAUUGUUCCUCUUUUAACAAAGACUCGGAGAACUUUUCACAAUCUUUGAGUAGUAGCAAGCGUGUAUUGUUGAUAUGUUCUGAGCUCUUUUUACACUCAACAGUCAUGAGCUAAGUGCAUAAUGAACCCCAUCUCACAAACAAGGAAAUUGAGGCACAGGGAGAUUAACUAGCUGCUGAUGUUCACACAGUUAGUAUUUGAACCCAGACAGUGUGGCUCUGGAGUCCCUCUUACCCUUCUGAUCGUUUUAUUAUACUGCUUCCCCAUAAAGGUCUCCAGGAGAUGGUCCACAUCUCUCAGUAUUUCAUUCUCACAGGAGCUUUAAAACUCAAAUUCUGCAAAACCUUUUAGAAAUAUGUUUUCCCUAGGAUAGAUGACUUCCCUAAAUUUCUCCAAAGUAAGUCUGUUUAUAUCACUGUGCUAAAAAGGAAUAAUUCUGAGUCAGUAGGCAUCCUAUUAUGGUUUUACUACAUAAGGUGAAAAUUAACUGGAAUGGUAUUUGUUUGCUAUACUUAUAUAAUCAAACGUUACAAGCCAUGAAAUUAUUGCACUCUUUUUGUCGUUGAAUGCCUAAGAAGUUUUCUAAAUUUGUAAAGGCACUGUCAGAUAAUUUGGAGUUGAGUAAUUGCUCCAGAUACUGUAUAACCUGCAUAACCUUUUUUUUUGUCUUGAAAUCAAGUUGUUUGUAUAAAAAAUAAUUGUGAGAAACAUUUGAUAAUGUACAAAAUAGUCUAUAAUGACACUGUUCAGUACAUUUUUAUAUUUUUUGUUACAUCCCACUUUUUGUAAAUAUCCUCAAAAAAGCUUAAUAAUAAAAUGUAUUUCCAUAUCACCAUACUUUUCCAUGUGAAAACCUGAGCCUAUCUCUGGUCGAGAUAUCCAAAGAAAAUUUUAUUUGGUUGUGUUAUUUUCCCAGGCUUUGGUAAGAGAACUAUUUUGGAAAUAGUAUUUGUAAAUGGAACUAAUGCUAUAUUUAAGAACAAUGAUUUUUUUUAACUGCCUAAAAUAAAAAAAUAACUCAUUAUUAUAAUUUGA